CCCCGGCCCCCAGCCCAUGCUGCACUGGUUCUGGGCAAGCUGUCUGCCUUAGGAAGGGCCUGGCUGGAAGAGGGGCAGUUACCCUUCUGUCUGGCCCAUUUUUUAAGAGGGAGAGGUCAAGGCCCAGAGGUGGAAUAGCCCGAGGAUCAGAAAGAGGCCAGAAAGGGCUUUCCCCUUGGGGAUCCUGGCUCCUGGCUGGGAUAGCAACUGCUCUCCUAACUCCGACCACUGCCGCCUACUGGGGACAGAGUUCAGACCCCUCCCCGCACUUUCUCCAUUAGCGAGCACCCAGUCCGUCCCACAUCAGACACCUUUAGGAGUCGAUAAAGUCUCCCCACCUGGCAAUGGACACUGUUGCUUUCAGAGCAGUUUGGGUGUGCCCCAGGCAGCCAUUUCUGACUCUCGUAGGGGCCAGAGGCCCUGAUGAUUAGGGAAAGAAGAGGCCAGGUAGCCUGCUCCUCUGCCUCUGGGCUCUGGUGGACAUGGUGGCUCCUAACUUGGCAUUCCUGGCUCUGAGACUUCCUUUCCCCUCUGUAACUAGGACCCUGCCAGUGCUGCCAGAAAUAGCCCUUGGGUGGGAACACCGGGCAGCAUGGUGUACGGGGCUCUUCGGAGUGUCUGACCGCCUCGCUGGAAGGAUGGCCUCGGAUGGGCAUUAGAGGCACAACGGCCCCGGGCUCCCGUCCCGUCUGUCUGUUAGCAUCUGUCUCUCUUGUCAUCACUGCAACUCCACCCUCUCCUGUUGGCCUAACCCCCAACGCCAGCUUCCUGCGCGCCCGAGCCGGCAUGAACUCUCCCAACGAGUCUGACGGAAUAGCAGGCCGGGAGCCAUCCUUGGAAAUCCUGCCGCGGACCGCUCUCCACAGCAUCCCCGUGGCCGUGGAGGUGAAGCCGGUGCUGCCCACAGCCAUGCCCAGCUCCAUGGGGGGCGGCAGUGGAGGCAGCUCCAGCCCCGUGGAGCUGCGGGGGGCUCUGGGGGUCCCCCUGGACCCUGCGCUGCGGGAACAGCAACUCCAGCAGGAGCUGUUGGCCCUCAAGCAGCAGCAGCAGCUGCAGAAGCAGCUCCUGUUCGCCGAGUUCCAGAAGCAGCAUGACCACCUGACACGGCAGCACGAGGUCCAGCUGCAGAAGCACCUCAAGCAGCAGCAGGAGAUGCUGGCGGCCAAGAGGCAGCGGGAGCGGGAGCAGCAGCGGCAGGAGGAGUUGGAGAAGCAGCGGCUGGAGCAGCAGCUGCUCAUCCUUCGGAACAAGGAGAAGAGCAAAGAAAGUGCCAUCGCCAGCACGGAGGUGAAGCUGAGGCUCCAGGAAUUCCUCCUGUCGAAGUCCAAGGAGCCCACUCCGGGCGGCCUCAACCAUUCCCUCCCGCAGCACCCCAAAUGCUGGGGAGCCCACCACGCCUCUUUGGACCAGAGUUCCCCUCCCCAGAGCGGCCCCCCUGGGACGCCCCCUUCCUACAAACUGCCUUUGCUUGGGCCCUAUGACAGUCGUGAUGACUUCCCCCUCCGAAAAACGGCCUCCGAACCCAACUUGAAAGUACGUUCAAGGCUAAAGCAGAAGGUGGCCGAGCGGAGAAGCAGUCCCCUCCUGCGCCGCAAGGACGGGACUGUCAUUAGCACCUUUAAGAAGCGAGCUGUUGAGAUCACAGGGGCUGGGCCUGGGGUGUCCUCAGUGUGUAACAGCGCGCCAGGCUCCGGGCCCAGCUCUCCCAACAGCUCCCAUAGCACCAUCGCCGAGAACGGCUUUACCGGCUCCGUCCCCAAUAUCCCCACCGAGAUGCUCCCCCAGCACCGGGCCCUCCCUCUGGACAGCUCCCCCAACCAGUUCAGCCUCUACACGUCCCCCUCUCUGCCCAACAUCUCCCUAGGGCUGCAGGCCACCGUCACCGUCACCAACUCACACCUCACCGCCUCCCCGAAGCUGUCGACGCAGCAAGAGGCCGAGAGGCAGGCCCUCCAGUCCCUGCGACAGGGUGGCGCCCUGACGGGCAAGUUCAUGAGCACAUCCUCCAUCCCAGGCUGCCUGCUGGGCGUGGCACUGGAGGGCGACACCAGCCCCCAUGGGCACCCCUCCCUGCUGCAGCACGUGCUACUGCUGGAGCAGGCCCGGCAGCAGAGCACCCUCAUAGCUGUGCCACUCCACGGGCAGUCCCCGCUGGUGACAGGUGAGCGAGUGGCCACCAGCAUGCGGGCGCUGGGCAAGCUCCCGCGGCACCGGCCGCUGAGCCGCACUCAGUCCUCGCCACUGCCGCAGAGCCCCCAGGCCCUGCAGCAGCUGGUCAUGCAGCAGCAGCACCAGCAGUUCUUGGAGAAGCAGAAACAACAGCAGCUGCAGUUGGGCAAGAUCCUCACCAAGACCGGAGAGCUGCCUCGGCAGCCCACCACCCACCCCGAGGAGACGGAGGAGGAGCUGACGGAGCAGCAGGAGGCACUACUGGGGGAAGGGGCCCUGGCCGUGCCCCGGGAGGGCUCCACAGAGAGCGAGAGCACCCAGGAGGACCUGGAGGACGAGGAGGGGGACGAGGGGGAGGACUGCAUCCGGGUGAAGGAUGAGGAGGGCGAGAGUGGCGCGGAGGAGGAGCCCGAGCUGGAAGAGUCUGGUGCCGGCUACAAAAAGGUGUUCUCAGAGGCAGCGCAGCUGCAGCCGAUACAGGUAUACCAGGCGCCCCUCAGCCUGGCCACUGUGCCCCACCAGGCCUUGGGCCGCACCCAGUCCUCACCUGCUGCCCCUGGGGGCAUGAAGAGCCCCCCAGACCAGCCCACCAAGCACCUCUUUACCACCGGUGUGGUCUACGACACGUUCAUGCUGAAGCACCAGUGCACGUGCGGGAACACACACGUGCACCCGGAACACGCUGGCCGGAUCCAGAGCAUCUGGUCUCGGCUGCAGGAGACGGGCCUGCUGAGCAAGUGCGAGCGGGUCCGGGGCCGAAAGGCCACGCUGGACGAGAUCCAGACGGUGCACUCUGAGUACCACACCCUGCUCUAUGGGACCAGCCCCCUCAACCGGCAGAAGCUGGACAGCAAGAAGCUGCUCGGCCCCAUCAGCCAGAAGAUGUAUGCCAUGCUGCCUUGUGGGGGCAUCGGGGUGGACAGUGACACCGUGUGGAACGAGAUGCACUCCUCCGGGGCCGUGCGCAUGGCGGUGGGCUGCUUGGUGGAGCUGGCUUUCAAGGUGGCUGCCGGGGAGCUCCAAAAUGGGUUUGCUGUCAUCCGGCCCCCAGGACACCACGCGGAGGAAUCCACAGCCAUGGGAUUUUGCUUCUUCAACUCCGUAGCCAUCACAGCGAGGCUCCUGCAGCAGAAGUCGAGCGUUGGCAAGGUCCUCAUUGUGGACUGGGACAUUCACCAUGGCAACGGCACCCAGCAGGCGUUCUACAACGACCCCUCAGUGCUCUACAUCUCCCUGCACCGCUAUGACAACGGGAACUUCUUCCCAGGCAGCGGGGCGCCUGAGGAGGUUGGCGGAGGGCCGGGCGUGGGGUACAAUGUGAACGUGGCAUGGACGGGAGGUGUGGACCCCCCCAUCGGAGACGUGGAGUACCUGACGGCCUUCAGGACAGUGGUGAUGCCCAUCGCCCACGAGUUCUCCCCGGACGUGGUCCUGGUCUCCGCCGGGUUCGAUGCUCCAGCUCCUUGCUCUGAAUUUUUCAUAGAAAUGUUUGAGUUUAAAUCAUCCUUCGCUUCUGUGCUGUCGGUCCCUCUUCUACCUGUCCCCAAAGGUUUUGGCCACUUGACCAGGCAGCUGAUGACGCUGGCAGGGGGCCGGGUGGUGCUGGCCCUGGAGGGAGGCCAUGACCUGACCGCCAUCUGUGAUGCCUCGGAGGCCUGUGUCUCCGCCCUGCUCAGCGUGGAGCUGCAGCCCUUAGACGAGACGCUCUUGCAGCAGAAGCCCAAUGUCAACGCAGUGGCCACGCUGGAGAAAGUUAUAGAGAUCCAGAGCAAGCACUGGAGCUGCGUGCAGAGGUUUGCGGCAGGGUUGGGCCGUUCCCUGCGGGAGGCCCAGGCCGGCGAGACUGAGGAGGCCGAGACUGUGAGCGCCAUGGCCUUGCUGUCCGUGGGGGCCGAGCAGGCCCAGGCUGCCGCCAGCCUGGAGCAUAGCCCCAGGCCGGCGGAAGAACCCAUGGAGCAGGAGCCUGUCCCGUGACACCCUGGCCCCCACCCCUCGGGGCUUCAUCAUUGUGAUUUUGUUUAUUUUUUCUAUUAAAAACAAAAAGUCACACAUUCAACUAUGCGUGCCGUGUGGGUCUCUCAGCCUCGCCCCUCCUGCUCCUCCAAGCCCCCGGCCCCCACCGCAGUGUUUCCCACACUGACUCGCCUGCAUUCCGUCUUUUCCCCUCGGAGUCUGGGCCAGCUCAAGGUGGCUUGGAGGCUGGGGCAGUGCCCUCCGGUUUGGGAUCUCCCUGAGGGAGAGGGAACAAUAAGUUUUGUGCCUUGGCUUCAGUGGAUUUUGGGGGAAAUGCCUUAAUUUCACCCUCCUUCCUCUCCAGCCUCAGGGGAGGGCUGGGGGUGUCCCGACCACACCCAGGGGGCUGGAGUGGAGGUGGGCUCCAUCCCCUCCUCUCUUGCUAUCAAGCCUCACCCCUCCUCUCCUGCAGAGGGGCUGGGCUCGGGCCUGCACUCCUGCCCAGCAGGUCUUCACUCCUCCCGGGCUGUAGGGUUGGGGUGGGGUGGACUCCUGGGGCCUGAGGAGCCAGGAGCUGCAGAAGUAGGCUUCCCUGCCCCUCGCCUGGCAGCCAGGAGCCUGGGAGAGUAGUUGCUACAGGGGCCUCCUAGCUGGCGAGAGCCCCCUCUGCAGGUCAGGACCAGACUUCCCCCAGCCACUUCGAGUGCCCAGCUCGAAUUGUCAGGGGCCCCGCCUCGUUCCUUCCCUAGCUUUGGUGAGAGUGGGGGUCCUUGACAGCACAGGCCAGGCCAUCAGCUGGGCUUCCCUCUCCUGGGUUCCCACCACUGGCCUCCAGCGAGGCAGGUGGGAGCAGGAGGUAGCAGUCAGUCUCUCCCUCCCCAGGGGCGGGGAGCCCACAGGCCUCCAAGGCCUGCUGUCCCACUGUGAGGAAACCAAAGAUGGGCAGCGCUCCUGGCUCCUGGGAGUCUUCUUCCACAAGGCCAUGUACUUGCUCCGCACCCCCCACCCCCGUCUGUUUACAUAUCAGUGAUGCUAACGGGGGGCCUGAGCCAGGGGAGGUCAGUUCAUUGUGCAGUGUGCUGUAUGGGGCGCUCCAGAUCCUCCUGGGAAGCGGGCUGCCCAGUGUCCUCAGCCGUCCCAGGCUCCAGGCCCCUCCCUCCCCUUGCCUGUGGCCGGUCUGGUUCUCAUGUAACCCCCCCUUUCUUGCUUUGUGGCCCUGGCUGUGGGCUUCGGUUGAGCAAUUUGUAACGUGUUGUACGCUGUGUGUCCUUGUGUAAAUAAACGUGUUUCUGGCAGCGCC